AGCUGCCGCCUGGGGCACAACCACGACAACCUCCAUUCUCCACAACCCCCCGGGCCCUCUGUCCCCAUCCCCGUCCCCUGUCCCUAUCGCCCCCGCUUCUCGUCCGUCCCCCCCCCCCACCCCGCGAUCCGCGGAACUCCGCGCCGCCCGCCCCGCCCGGCACCUCCCGGCGGCCCCGGCGGCCGCGGCCUACCCGCUCCCCUUCUCCCGGUGCCGCUCCCCGGUGCCGCUCCCCGCCGCUAUGUCCCGGGGGCCGGUGCGGGUGCUGCGGCUGGGGCUGCGGCCCUACGCCGAGGCGCUGCGGGUGCAGGAGCGCUGCGUGGCGGCGGUACGGGCGGCGCGGCCCGGCUCCGGCUCCGUCCCCAGCUCCGUCCCCGGGGAGAGCGUGGUGCUCAGCGAGCCGGCGGAGCCCGUCUACGCCUGGGGCCUGCGGGGCGCCCCGGAGGCGGAGGCGGCUGCGCGGCUGCGGGCGCGGGGAGCGGGGCUGGUGGCGGCGCGGCGCGGGGGGCAGAUCACCUUCCACGGGCCCGGGCAGCUCCUCGCCUUCCCCGUCCUCGACCUGCGCCGCCGCCGCCUCCCGUUGCGCGGUUACGUGGCGGCGCUGGAGGAGCUGAUCCUGCGGCUCUGCCGCCGCUUCGGCCUGGCCGCCGCCCGCGCCCUCCCGCCGCCCUUCACCGGCGUCUGGAUGGGCGACAGCAAGCUCUGCGCCAUCGGGGUGCACUGCGGGAACCACAUCACCUCCCACGGGCUGGCGCUGAACUGCUGCACCGACCUCACCUGGUUCGACCACAUCGUUCCCUGCGGGCUGGAGGGGAAAGGCGUCACCUCGCUGAGCCACGAGCUGGGGCGGCACGUCACCGUCGACCACAUCCUCGAGCCCUUCCUCGACUCCUUCCAGGAGGUGUUCGACUGCACCUUGGUCUGCUCCGAAGACCCUGGGGACUAGAAGAGCCGCGGCACCUUGGCUGGGUGUUUUGGCAAACCCUCGGUAUGGCUGACGAACGGCAACGGCAGCCACCUGGGGCUUUAUUGCGAGACGAGCUCUCGUGCCGGUGCCUAUAGACUGUGCGUGAACGGUGGCACAGAGGUUUGGGCUGUUGCUUAAACAUCCAAACCUCCAUCAGGGCUGCUCUCCCCAGCCCCGCGGGUCUCUGUCCCUCGGCAGAGAUCUCCAAGGGUACCACGUCCCCGUCGUUCGCUGGGGAAAUGCCCAUGCAGGCAGUUCUGUGUGUUUUUAAUGCCUCUCUCCCCAAAAAAUCCGAAAUUCGGGUGAACACUCACGUGCCUUUUGGACAAGAGGAAGAGGGACUGGUUGGUUCAGUGUCGUUCCCUCGCUGCCACAUAAAAAGAAGCUGAUUUGUAUAAAGAGAGUUGCUGGGAACUUUGGCUGCUGAUCCUUUGCUCGUUUAUUUACCCCACGGCUUUAUGAAUAAUGACCUUUUCCUCGCCCUGCGCCUGCAGAAAUCCUCGCAAAGAUCCUUGCCGUGGUGUCAGGGCGGAAAAAUCGCUGAUAAGAGGCUGUAAAUGGUGGUUAAGAGGCCACCAGAGCGAUGCCAACGCGGUGGGAAUGCGGGAGGAGGAGGGGAAGGGGUCGGGGUGCCUGAGGAGAGGAGCUGCAGCCGUCGCAGACCCCAUGGGACCACGCAGCGUGGGAUCGAGUGUUUCAGCUGGGUGAUGGGGACCUGCGCCCGCCAGGUCUGUGGUGCCUGAGGAGAUGUCACCAGGGUUUGUGCAGGCGGCAUCAGCUCCUCCAAAAUCACUGUUCCGGUCGCAGCGUCGGUGUGGGCUCGCAGCAGCCGUCCCGGGCGAAGGGACGCAGCCACCCCCGGGCUCCGAUGGCACUGGGGUGCGUGCCCGUGAAUGCAAACCUAUA